CUGCCUCUCGCUCGGAGUGAGACCUCUGCGCGCUCUGCUCUCUGCGCUCCGUCUCCGCUGCUGCUGCUAGCUUUAGCCUGCGAGCUAGCUCCGGCUCCGCACACAAACAUGGCUCUGUCGCAGGCUUUAUCCGAGGAGGAGUUCCACCGGAUGCAGGCACAGCUGCUGGAACUGAGGACUCAGAAUUAUCAGCUCUCAGAUGAACUAAGGAAAAACUCUGCAGAGCUGAAUAGUCUCCGCCAGAAAAAUGUGGUUCUGGAGAAAGACUUUGUUAAAGCUCAGAAGGCGGUGACCAAAAGUAAAAAGGCUCAGGAAGUAGAGGCUCUUUUGGGGGAGAAUGAGAUGCUCCAAUCCAAACUCCACAGUCAGGAGGAGGACUUCAGACUCCAGAACUCCACUCUGAUGACAGAACUGUCCAAGCUGUGUACACAGAUUGAGCAGCUAGAGCAAGAAAACAAAGCUCUCAAAGAAGGGGGAGAAACUACAGCAUCAAGUUCUGCUUCCUCUACAGCACCACCUACAGUCAAUGAUGAGCUUUUACAGCUACAGGCUGAGAAUACCUCCCUGCACAAGAAAAUCAAAGCUCUACAGGAGCAGCUUGACAGAGACCAGGGACGCACUGCAGGAGACGGAGAGACCUCAAACACUAAUGGAGUCAGUGAUGUCACUAAAGAGAAAGAGCCAACAGCUAAUCACAGACAAGAACAGACUUCAGAUCAUUCUGAACAGACUGACAAACGGCUUAGUGAGCUGGAGCUGUCCCUAAACACAGAAAAAGAGGCUCAGAGGCUGCUCAGGGAACAGCUCAAAUCUGUUGAGUCGUCCAAACAUACAGAAACCUCAAAACUACAAGAGGAAGUCGCGAAGCUUACAGAUAAACUAAAAAAGAAACAGGAGAGUUUCCAGCGUUUGCAAGGAGAGAAGGAGGCUCUGUACAAUGACAGCAGGACAAAGAUUGAUGAGAUAAAUCAGAGGAAAGAAGAAGAACUCAAAGCUCUAAACUCCAGGUUACAUAAGAUACAGACUGACCUCCUCUCAGCCAAUCAGUUGGUGUCAGAGCUGAGAGAGCAGAUCCAAAGUAAAGACAAGGAGCACGAACUCGCUCUGCACACGCUCAGAGAUCAGGCGGCCAAUCAGAGCGCAGUGAGUCAGGAGCAGGUGGAUCACAUGCUUCAGGAGAACGAUGCUCUGAGAACCAACCUGGCAGCACUAGAACAGAUCCAGACAGCAAAAACUCAGGAGAUGAACCUGCUCCGUGAACAGCAGGAGGCGCUGACGAAUGAGCUGCAGCAGAAACGAGUGGAGAAUGAGAGUUUGCUGGCUCAGAAAGACGACCUGCAGUCACAGUUACAGGAAUCUAGUUUUGCAAAUAGGAAACUUCUGGAGCAGCUCACAGACGAGGGACAUGAGAAGGACAAGCUGUUACGGGAACUCGACGAGGCCAAAAAGACGGCCGAGAAAAGGAAAUCGAUGCUGGAUGACAUGGCCAUUCAGCUGAACCAGGAGAAGUCUGACCACAAGGAGGCGCUGUCGGACCUCAAACUGCAGCAUGAGAAGGAGGUUUUGGCGGUACGAGCUCGUUAUGAAAAAGAACUCAGAGGACUCCAUGAAGACAAGAACAGGUCUGAGGAGGAGAUACGGCAGCAACUCAGGGAGGAGAAGGCUAAAACCAAAGAACUGGAGGGGCUGGUGCUGAAGGUGGAGGAGCUGCAGAACCAGGUCCAGUCCAUGGAGGGGACCAAAGGCUGGUUUGAGAGGAGACUCAAGGAAGCAGAGGAGAACUUGGAACAGAAGAUUCUGGAGCAUCAGGAGCAGGUCGAGAAACUGCAGAAGGAGCACUCUGAGCAGAUGCAGGUGAAACAGUCAGAGCUGGAGCAGGUGCAGCAGCAGCUUCUGGAAAAGGAGAAACAAGGGGACGAACUCAACCAGACCAUUGACAAACUCCGACAGGAAAUCAAAGACACGGUGGAUGGACAGAGGAUUCUGGAGAAGAAGGGAAGUGCUGCGUUAAAGGACCUGAAGAGACAGCUGCAACUGGAGAGGAAACGAGCAGACAAACUCCAAGAGAGACUACAAGACAUCCUCACCAAAACCAGAACAGCAGGUUUGGAAGAGCUGAACCUGUCCGAGAUCCACAGUCCCAGUCGAACCCAACAAACCGGAGACUCCUCCUCUGUGUCCUCCUUCUCCUUCAAAGACAUGAUGAAGGAGCAGCCGGCCAAUCAGAGCAAGUCUGGAGGAGGCAGCCCUCAGUCCCAGCGUCCGGCCGACCUUUCAGAUGACGAGGUGGGAGAGCUGUUUCAGAGACUAGCCGAGGUGCAGCAGGAGAAGUGGAUGCUCGAGGAGAAGGUGAAACAUCUGGAAGUGAGCUGCUCGUCGAUGGCUGAGGACAUCUGUAAAAAGAGUGCGAUUAUUGAGACAUACGUCAUGGACAGUCGCAGAGACGUGUCCGGCGCGGGGGUCGGCGGGGCUCACAGUGCGCCCCACACAGACCGAGGCAAACUGGGCUCCGUGCUGAGAGACCUGGUCAAACCUGGAGACGACAACCUCCGAGAGAUGAACAAGAAGCUCCAGCACAUGUUAGAGGAGCAGCUGACCAAGAACAUGCAUCUACAGAAGGAUCUGGAGGUUCUGUCCCAGGAGCUGGUCCGGGUCAGUAAAGACGGCUCCAGUUCCGCCUCAGGAUGAAGCUGAUUCUUCCUUCCAUGUUUUUUUUCUUACAAACUGGAACGGACUGGAUUUUAUUUGGACUAAACUCAGGCUCCGUCCACACAACACUUUCCCAGAGGUUACAGAAAGAGAUGUAAAUAAGAAAAUAUUAAUAUAUGUGAGUUCUACACUAACAUGUUUCACAUGUGGUGCACAAUGGCAGAGUGGUUAGCCUGUCUCUUGCCCCUCAGUCCUCCCUCCGUUCCUGCUGCAGAGUGAUUAAAGAGCCCAUAUUACACUAUUUUCUGAUCUAUGUUAUAAUGUUUCUUCAUCACAAACAAACCUGGAGUUGUGUUUUGUUUUAUUUACAUGUUUAACACUCAAACCCUGCAUAUUUAGGCUGAGUUCUUCUUUCAAACCUUUUCCACCUUGUGAUGUCAUGUGGUAAUACAGGAAAUGCUCCACUGUGUUUUUAAACUUUAUACACCUUCACUAGAAUCAUUUGGAUAAUUUCAGACCUCUGCUGAACAAAAGGUAAAAAAUAGCUGUGAACUUAAGCUGUUAAAACUUCUGCUUCAUGACAUCACAAGGUGGAACUGAGUAUUUUGAGCUUUGGAGAUGUAGCCCCCACCUCAAACAUGUGUGAAUGGUAACAAAACACAACUCCAGGUCCGUUUUUGGCGAGGUAACAACAUUAUAACAUGACUUAAACCUCACAAGAGUCAAUUUUGCAUCAUAUAUGACCUUUAAUCUGUCUCCUGCCGCUUAGUUUCGAGGUUGUGGGUUAGACUCCUGAUCUCUGAGUGGAGUUUGCAUGUGCUCCCCGUCUUUCCUUAGGUCCAUUCCUCUGCCUCCCUCUGUCCAAACACACGCACGUACAGGUGAGGCAGUCAGAGAAAGUCCCAAAUAUGAAAGCGAAUGUUUAUGAGAGUCUGCAUUGUGCACCACUCAACUCCCAUAGUAGUGGAUUGUGGCAUUGGCUCUUUAUAAAACACUAUGACAACAAUUAAAAGGUGCACUGCGCAACCUUUGUGGUGGAGGGUUUGCCAUUUGCACGUCUCCAUGGUGAAGUUAUUGCUUUGCCUGGGGUGUUCCACUGUACGGCAUUGAAAAGAUUAAAUAUAUCUUGUAUUUAUUCAAUCAGAAGUGUUUUUAUCUUUCAACUACCCCAAAAACAUACAUUAUUAACAUGAGUGGGCUCACAUCUCCACAGAUCUGACCUGUAACUUGCAGGGUUCCCAUGAUGGAAAUGUAAAUCCUGGAAAAGUCAUGGAAAUUGAAAAUCUAAUUUUUCAGGCCUGGAAAAGUCAUAGAAGUUCAAAAAUUCGAUGAACGUUUUGGAAAAGUCAUGGAAUUUUAGUAUCUUUCACGCAACUACAGCAUUCUGUUAAGUUAUCAAUAGGAUAUUAUGAUUAUUUCCAAACGUCUGCGCCUUUUGUUUAAAAGAGACGACAAUAAAUGCACUGACAGUGUUUUGAAUGUUAAAAAACUAUAAUACCAAACCAUAAGGUGAGUGAAAAUAGUUAACAUUUCAUAUUUAGCCCUAAAGUCUGAUCAAUUCUACACAUAUAGGUGCUGUAAAGUCAUGGAAAAUUCACUUUAGGUCACUUUAGGUUUGAAAUAUUGUCAGUGAAAAAGAGUGGGAACCCUGAACCUGGCCUGUUUGUCUCCAUGGAGAUAGUUAAGUUAAAUGCCAUACAGUUGAACAUUCCUGGGGAAAAAAAAAAAAAAAACAUCAUCCUACAUGGACUCAAGCUGGUUUUGGACCCUCUUCCAGAAAAGUUACACAGUGCGACUUUAAAGUGUGAACGGAGCCUGUAUCUGAAUGUACUGUUUUAAACCAGUUCACACCAAACGCCACUCCUACUUACUUUGUCCUUUUUCACUACGUGCUUCUUUGGUCUUCCUCUAGGGGGCCUCGUCUUUCAUGGCCUCUGCCGCCUUUUACUCAAAUAUUCACUACUCCUCGUUUCCACACGUCCAAACCAUCUCAAUUUGAACAUUUUAUCUUUUUUCUACUAAAUACACAAAGUAUUCUACCCAUCCGAGCCUUGACAAAGUUUGACAAAUGUGAAAAUGGAUUGCAGGUAGUCACGCAGUCCGUCACACCCCAGCUGUUUUACCGUUAAUAUUUUUAUAUCAGCUGUAAACACUUUUUGUCGAUGAUUUGGUGUGAACUGAUUCAAAAUGUGUGUGUGUGUGUUUUGUCAAAUGUUUAUGGUAAAAGUCUGUAUUUUUUCGCUGCUGCUUUUUGUCUUAAUCUGCUUCACCAACGGUUUCACUGCAGCAAAAACUCAAGAGGUUUAUAAAGGAAUCUGUGGACCAAACCAGGAUUUAUUAACAAGAACAAACCAAGAAACUGUCCCUAUCUCGCAAUGCUUAAACGUCCUAUAUUACACAAAACUGACUUGAACUUUUAAUCUCGUUUAAUGUUGUUACCUCAGGAGUUGUGUUUUGUUUUACUCACACAUGUUUGAGUAACUCUUUAUUAUUUGUCUGUCUAUGGCCCCAUCCACCCUAGUACGUAUUUGAGACGUUUUUGUUGCGGAUACAGUGUUCGUCCGUACUAAUUCGAUGGAAAACGGCUCCAGUGACAGAACGAUUUGGUGCCGCCAGCUCCCACAAAUGAGUACAGAUCUGAUCCAUCACUGUGUGGACGCCUGAAAACACUGAUACGCUAAUGUAGGUCUAAGUAAUUCACCGCCAAAACGCUAAGAGGCUAGAAUAUAUGUCCAUUCAUAUAUACGGUCUGUGCAUAAUCUCUGAAAAGUUUAACAUGAACCAUCUCCAACGCGACAGAAGCACAGAACAGACUCACCAUCAGCAGAACACCCCUCUGUCACAGAAAGAACACUCAUAAUCCACUGAGUCGUGUCUUUUAGACCGACAGAAGCUGAACCGCAUCAGCGCACAAGGAGCGAGAUGUUUUUUUGAGCGCUCAGUUCUGUAAAAUGUAAACAAAUAUGCUCAAAGCUGUGGAUAGGGCAGGCUUGUGGACACAGAAACGAUGUAAAUUGUUUCCGAUACGGUGGUUCAUUUCAGUGUAAAUGUAUCCUACGUCUCCAAAGCUAAAAAAAAUGCUUUGUUCCACCUUGUGAUGUCAUAUAGCGGUAGUUUUCAAAUUAACAGCUCCUUUUUACCUUUUGUUCAGUAGAAAUGGGCAAUUCUGGUGAUGAAAUUCUCUAAAAUUAUUCUUUUGAAGGUGUGUGGAGUGGAGCACUUCCUGUAUUAACACAUGACAUCACAAGGUGGAACAGAGUUUUCCCUUUGAGAGAAGAAUUCAACUCCCAAAACGCAACUCCAGGAAUGUUUUUGAUGAAGAAACGACUUUAUAAGAGAUCAGAAAAUAUGAUAGUAAUAAUAUGAGCCCUUUAAGACCUGGAUUCACAAGGGAAAAUGCUGUUAUAUUUCACACAAUGGUAAAGUCUAAUAAUUUCAAAACACAAAACUAAACCUAAAGACUAAAUUAUUACGUUAUUCAUAUUAAAUUGUUGAUAAAGUCUGGUUUUAUCCAUUCUUCUCUGCCUCUUGUAAAGCCUUAUGAAAUUGUCACAGUCUACGUGUUGGAGACUGUAUCAAACCCUAUGGACUGGGCUCUGUCUACUUGCUGCAGGCGGCUCUUCCUGCUGUUUGUCUGUUUGUUUUUAAAGUGUUUUAUUUGAGGCCUGUUGAUUUGUAUAUAACGCUGUCACAUGACGGGUCACAUGACUGUAUCUGUGUGAAGAAUCAUCUGAUUAUUAUUAUUAUUUAUGAAUACGAUUAUGACGCUAAUUAUUGGAACUGAAAUUAAAUCUGUCACAAACUUCA